GAGCCUGUCUCCUCAAGGACACGGAACCAGUUGCCAGACUCCUAAUUUAGGCAAAGGCUCCCGUCUGUUCCCUUUGAACCGUUUCUGCAGCAACCAUGGCCGCCUUCGUGACGCUCCUUACCGGAGCCAAGAUGCCCAUUGUGGGCCUGGGCACCUGGAAGUCUCCCCCAGCUAAAGUCAGGGAAGCUGUGAAGGUGGCCAUUGAUGCUGGGUAUCGCCACAUUGAUUGUGCCUAUGUCUAUCAGAAUGAGAGCGAGGUGGGAGAAGCCAUCCAAGAGAAGAUCCAGGAGAAGGCUGUGAAGCGGGAGGACCUCUUCAUCGUCAGCAAGCUGUGGUCCACCUUCUUUGAGAAAAGCCUGGUGAAGAAAGCCUUCCAGAACACCCUCUCGGAUCUGAAGCUUGACUACCUGGACCUGUAUCUAAUCCACUGGCCACAGGGAUUUCAGUCUGGAAAUGUCUUUUUACCCACAGAUGAUAAAGGCAGUAUUCUCAGCAGUAAAUAUACGUUCUUGGAUGCUUGGGAGGCCAUGGAGGAACUGGUGGACCAGGGGCUGGUGAAAGCUCUGGGUGUCUCCAACUUCAACCACUUCCAGAUUGAAAGGCUCCUGAACAAGCCUGGACUGAAACAUAAGCCAGUGACCAACCAGGUCGAGUGUCACCCUUACCUCACCCAGGAAAAACUGAUCCAGUACUGUCACUCCAAGGGCAUCACCAUCACAGCCUACAGUCCCCUGGGCUCCCCAGACAGGCCUAGUGCCAAACCAGAGGACCCCCUAUUACUGGAGAUUCCCAAGAUCAAAGAGAUUGCUGCAAAGCACAAGAGGACUGCAGCACAGGUUCUGAUUCGGUUCCAUAUAGAGAGGAACGUGGUGGUGAUCCCCAAGUCUGUGACACCUUCUCGAAUACAGGAGAACAUUCAGGUCUUCGACUUCCAGUUAAGUGAGGAGGACAUGGCCGCCAUUCUCAGCUUCAACAGGAACUGGAGGGCCUGUGGCCUGUUUGCAGCAAGUCAUAACGAGGACUUCCCUUUCCAUGCGGAAUACUGAAGCCAAGUACCAGAUGCGCUUGCCUGGAGGACACUCUUCACUGAUAUGCAACCCGCUCCUACUGACUCCUAUUUUUGCCAAGCCUAUUGGAUAUCAUACCAAACCAGCCUCAACAGUGCAAUUCUGCAUUUAAAUUCUCAUGUUCAACUAGAAGCAGACUGUCACAGGAAGAUGCAUCUCAGCAAAGGGCAAUGUUUGUCACUAAUUUGACCUGGCCGGAUGUUUGUCAGAAACCAGGAACACUAAUAACACUGAAGAUUAAAAAGAUAAAAUAAUAAAAAUAGCAAUAAUCGUA